GCCUUAUCCGGAGCCUCCGACCCGCUCCUAAACUCAGGGUUUUUAGAGAAACCUUCCGUCGCUCUGUCGCGACGUCCUGGGCCGACUUUCCCGUUUGGAAGUGGCCCGAUGCAGAAGAAUGCAACGUGUUCUCUGAGCCGUUCUUCCUCCCCUUCCUCCGCCCCACCGCAUCGGAAGGCGGGGCCCGGGAAGGCGUGGGCUCUGCGCACGCUCAGCGCGGCCCACGUGGAACCGGCGCUGGGACAAUCUAUCUCUCCGCUCUCUCUAGCAUCUCUGCCCCGGCGACACUGACAUCAUUUCCUUUAAUGCAGUUCCCUGGGAUGCUCUUCCGAAUAGGUACUCCUUUAGAUUCUGAAGACAGGAGGAGCUAAUGCCCAGAGCAGCACGUAACUGGUCUUUAGAAUGGCCGCAGCCUCCCAGGCACCAGGGAGGGGCUCUGUGCGGAAGACGAGACCUUUACCUGUGAAGACGUCAUUGAACAACCCGUACACCAUCCGCUGGGGUGCCCUGGGCGGGGAGGAUAUGCACUUCAUACUACAGACCCUGGAGGACAGGAUUAAAUCUCUCGGGCUUCAGAAGACUGAGGACAGGAAGAGAAAGAAAAAGCAGCCCGCCUUGAAAACACAAAGCGGAGACACGUGCAGCAUGGAUGUGGACACUGGUGAGGAUCUGAAGGAGGAAAAGCCGGAAGGUGGGCCCCAGGCAUCCGGGUGGACCCCUGCCGACGUCAGAAAGCAGCUUGCCAUCGGCAUCAACGAGGUCACCAGAGCCUUGGAGAGGAACGAGCUGCUCUUGGUCCUGGCGUGCAAGUCGGCCAAGCCGGCCAUCGUCACCGCGCACCUGGUGCCGCUGAGCGCCAGCAGAGGUGUCCCUGCCUGCCAGGUGCCCCGGCUCAGCGAGAGGCUCGCACCCGCCAUGGGCUUGACGUGCGUCCUGGCCUUGGGGUUCAAAAGAAACACCGCUGCCUUUGCAGAGGAAGUGAGGGCCAUCAUCCCCAGAGUCCCCCGUCUGGACGUGCCGUGGCUCCGAGACACCCUUGAAGACCCCGGGGAGAACCUGGAGAUGGAAUCUUUGGAAAGCCAAGACAAAGAGAUUUUGGACACUUCCUUCGAAGACCUCUCUAAACCCAAGAGAAAGCUCGCUGAGGGUCAGCAGGCUGCAGUGUUACAACCCCUGAAAAUAAAGAAACUGAUUCCAAACCCCAAUAAGAUAAGGAAACCACCCAAAAGUAAAAAACCGGCUUCAAAGUAAUCUUGUAUAAACCUGUCACUUCAUACAGCUGUAAAACGACACCUCGUAGAGAAGCCUUGAAAUGAAU